AUGACAACUAUUUUGGAUAUCCCGGGCACAAACCCCCCAAAUCCCUUCUCCACGCCAAUCCAAUCCUAUCUAACCCCUAGCAACAUUUCUUCUGCGCCAUCGCCAAAAGAAACAGCCAACCACCUCGUCAACACCGUGACAACGUCCUCGGCCCCGGCCCACGCCCUCUGGGAGCUCUGGGAUGCCUUUUUUACAUCCAUCGCCACCUCCCCAUCAUACGAAACUCACAUCACCCUCCUCGACGCCAUCCAAGCGCAGCCUCCAACACAGCUUAACCUACGCGCAAAAUCUGCCCUCCGCAAAUACAUCGGGACCGACGGAAAGCUACACUGGCAGACACUACCACUGUUCGGCGCGCAGUGGCGCGAAGUACAUGAUACCCUCGAGGCCUGGCGUGACUGGGACGGUGUGCGUGAUUUAAGUGUUGGCGUUAACUCUGUUAGUGCGUUAAGUAGUAGUUGCGACAAGUACUUUCUCCGCUUCUGCGUCUUCUCGGCUGCGCUACUGAAAUCGCCUAAAGGUAAAGGUAUGAUGCAUCCUAUAUGGGUUUUCUAUGCGUGUCGCGAUGUGUUGGAGCGUGAAGGACCUCAGUCCUGCCAACCGAAAGCGCAUAGGAUGUCGUCGGAGCAGGUGUGGGAGUUAGAUGUUCGGAUAGCAGCGAUCUGGAUGCGGGAUGGGGGUCGGGCAUUAUGGGAGACGGACUAUGAUGAGUUGCGGCGGGACUGGGCGGCGGCGUUGGAUGAUCCAACGGAACUGUGGCCGAGAGAGGAUGGGCUUACGCGAGAGCGAUGGGGAUUGUGGGAGGAGAGGUUACGGGUUCUAGGUACCAAGGAGAUAUUUAACGAGGAAACUAGGGCUGUGGUUACGGAAGCUGCUGAGGUGGUUAGCAGCAUUCUGGAGGACUCGACCUAG